UACUGUACCAUCAUUCAGCAUUGUGGCCAGUCGAGACUCCACUAAUGGAGGUAGACAGCGAGGCGGGUCCUUCUUCGCGGCCCUCGACUACCAGUUGGAUGCCACCUCUGUCUCCUUCGCCCCCAGCUGACGCACGACGCGCCAGCCCUACCAACCCCGGCCCGGCCCUGGCUCCCAUCCAAGAGCUACCCCGCACCACCUUUCUCCACCUCGAAUACCCAGGCAUCGUCGACUCAACUGUCCCCGCACUCCACACUGCGCUCGAAACUCUCUCCCCAAAUCAGCCUCCGUAUGCCAAUGUGGGCUCAACGCUGGCUCACCUGGGACGGCUGGUGAGCCAUAAUGGUCAGGUCAUAGAGUGUAGGUUGGGCACUGGCGCCGGAGGAGGAACCGGCGCAGAGAGGACCACUACAGAGGUCUAUCGGCAUCCACUUGUGGGAGUAUUGGUGAACACGCACGAUAUAGUUGCUGUAGUCAGGAGAAGAGUCUGGCGCAAGAAGAGGAAAGCAGGUAGCGCGGCCCCUGAUGGCACAAGCACAGAGACCAGUAGAGGACCGGCUCAAGAGGAAGUCAAAGAGUACAGCAUCGAAGCGCUCGGGCUGGCUAAGCUCACGGCGAGGUGGAGGAAGAUGGCAGAUUUUGCUUAUGAGCCAGAUCUUGCUGGGCCUGGUCGAGAGCAAGAGGAGCCUUUGAUCGAUGUACCUGCUGCACUACGCAAAAAGAGUGCAACUCCCUCUCCUGCCCCCCUGUCCGAGGCUGGGCAAGACGAGGUCAUGGCAAACGGGGAUGGUCCAGAGGAUACUGCUGCUCCAGAGUCAUUCGAAACAACACACAGUGUGGCCAAGCGCGAGGUAGAGCGAGGGGGACUACUGGCAGUGCACGACGCUAUGGCUCGUAUGGAUGUAUCCUCGCUCCGAUCGUUCAUCAUGCCUGAAGAGAAGGAAGACUAUCAGAUUGGUGUAGUCGACGAGAGUACGGGAGAGAAGUUUAUGCGUAGCAACCUAAGGCUGCCGCCUCCCCCUCGAUUCUCCAGCAUCGAGAUCCCCGUUCACUACACCUAUCGCCAGCCAGCUUCUUCCAGCAAGCAGCCUUACGAGAGGCGCCUGCCAGAUGGUAGUGUGAUGACGGCUGAGCGAUGGUCCAAUGCCAACAGAUGGCAAGGUAUUGCUCCCAUACCCUGGUCAGUCUACUCUAGAGCGCCGAUUCCGAAAGCUCCACCCAAACCUGCAUUGAGCAAAGAGGCCACUUGCAAUCAGCAAAUGCUGCUGAGGCUCCGAAACCUCAUGGAAGAGAGACCCGUCUGGACGCGAGUGGCUCUGCUGAACCAAUUGGCCAGCGAUGAGGAGAGGACAUUUGUCAACUACUCGAAGGAGUAUCUAUCCCUUGUGGCCUACACAAUUACGGAUGGCGCUUGGAAAGAUACUCUGGUUAGAUUCGGAUAUGAUGUGCGGGACAGCUCCGAGUCAAGAAUCUAUCAAAAACUCACCUUUCAGGCCAACCUCAAUCGAUCUGACCGAGGCCGUGGGCAAUUCAGCGCUGCGUAUGGCGGGGCCCACUUGAGUGGAGCAGGAGCAAAGGCGGUGCGCAGGGCUCAAGCUCGAGACGAGCAAGAAGGCGACGAUAACGCUGCGGUUGUGCCUGCCUCUGCUGACAGGGAAGAUGAUCGCAUGGACGACGACGCAUCUGGGUCAGGAGGCGCCGCUGCUGCUGCCGCCGACCAAAGUACAGCGAAUAUCAAGCAAGAAGAGUCGGGACCUCUUCGCACGCACAGAUUCAACGGCCAAGAAUUCCAUCGUCUGCAAAGUUCCUUCCAGCUCAUUGACAUCUCCGAUCCUGUCGCCUUACCCUUUAUCAAUGCUUCUGGUCCUGCCGACCUUCUGGACUCGCCACAUCCAGAGACGGGUUGGUACAGCAGUGAUGCUCUAGAGAGGAUCAAGUCGGCCGUGGGUCAGCGCUUCCACCACCUUGUGGAAUUUGGCGUCCCAAAGGACGAAGGCGAGACGAGGGAUGAGGUGCGACGCAAUGAUGAGAAGAGGGUAAAGAUGAAGGAGAGGGCAAGGAUGAGGGAGAGGGCUUUGCUGGAUUUGGAUAGGGAAGAGGAGCAGAGAGGCCUUCAACAAGAAGGGAGCGAGGAGCGUGAGCUCAGCCCUGUGAGGGGAGGGGAGGUCUCUCCUUCCUCUGCGGCUAUAGGACGUACCUCGGGGUCGCCAGAGGGUCAACGUCGUAUGUCUCCUGCUUCCUCUGGCAGAGGCAGCCCACCCACUCCUGCCAGACGGGGCGGCCGAAGAGUCGGGGCAGCAGCAGGCGCCAAGGGAAGGAGAGGGGGCAGGAGCGGUGCCACAACGACACUGGAAGACCCUGCCAUCUCCGCCAAUGCGGGAGCAGAGACAGGAACAGAAGGAGAAGCAGAAGGAGAGCCUUCUGCAGGUGGAAGCAGGGCUAUACAGCAGGCUGGACAGGAGGACGGUGAGGAGACUACAGUGGCUGCGGUCGUUGCCCGAGCAGAUGCGGAGGCUGCUGCUGCCACUCGAGCUGCGAAGCGGCAGCGUGGUGCAGCGAGGAAAAAGUGAUCUUGAGCGAUCCUCACAUACGUCGGUGAAAGGCAUACAAUGACGAUUGUCUUCAUUGACCAUGCGUUAUCCAUACCAUAAUUCAACAAAGACUCCGUUAGACGAACAUCUUCUCCAUCCCCAGCUCAACGAAAGUAGUUCAGCCUGACCCUGCCCUGCCCUGCCCUGCCCUUUUCCCUCCAUUCAUUCCCUCUCGCGUAAAGCUCCUUGCAAAGCUUCUCUAUUUCACG